CACAUACAAUCCUCAUACCCUGGACCGUGAACCUUUUCACAGUCCUUGACGGGGCUGUUGCCCUUACAUCUCUACCUAGGUCAUCAACACAACAUGUCAACACAACAACCGUCCCCCGAACCCUCCGCGCCCUCGUUGGAAUAUCCCUUCGCGACCUCCCCGGACAUCCUACGGACGCACCAGAAGGACGCCUACGUGACCGGGACACUCUCGGCACAAGCGUCGACGAUUCUUCGAGCCCUACUCGGCGCACGAUUCGCACACAAGUACUCCGAAUCGACCUCCCACCUCAGCGAAUUGUUGUAUCUAUGCCUGACCACACUCUUGGGGAACCGGACGUUGGGUGAGGAAUACUGCGACGUGAUACAAGUCGAGGAUGACACUUUGAGGCUUGCCGGACUCGAAAGGAGGGUCGGCUAUAUCGCCAGCGUGGUAUUCUCACCGUGGUUGUUGGGGAAAACGCUCCCAGCACUCAGACGCAAAUUACGGAGUAAAUUGGAAUGGAACAUUGAACACGCCGAAGCUCAGAACCAACAACAAAACCAACGCCAGAGGGGUGGCAGUAGCAAGACUCCCUCUCCCUCGAGAAGUUUGAAAUUGCAAAAAUAUCUCCUCCAACAUCUCGACACACUCACAUCCCCCAACCCCGUUUACGCCCUGAGUCUGGCGACUUUUUAUUUCACCGGGGCAUAUUAUCAUCUGUCCAAACGACUUUUCCGACUGAGGUAUGUCUUUACGAAACAGAUCAAACCGGACGAGCAGAGAGUGGGGUAUGAGGUUUUGGGUGUUUUGUUGGUGUUACAGAUGGCGGUUCAGUCGGCCUUGCACGUCAGAGAGACUUAUCUAGACGCCACAUCCUUACCGAGCGGCGACGGAAGAACACCAACUCAGACAAUGGCCCUCCUGGGUAACGGUGCCGAAGUUUCCAUCUCCUCCGGCCUCGGUACUUCCUCCCCGACCAACUUGCUCGCAGAUAUAGACGCGCCCCCUUCAAAACUACCUCCGGGUCUCUCGGACAACACUUCGACACCUGUCCCGGAAAACGCCAGGUACGAUCUUUCCGACCCCCAACUCAUGGCUUGGAUCCCCGCAGGCCAACAACGGAAAUGUACCUUGUGUCUCGAACCCUUCAGGGACCCGAGUGCCACCACCUGCGGCCACGUGUUUUGUUGGAGUUGCGUACAGGAUUGGGUCAAGGAAAAGGCCGAAUGUCCGCUGUGUAGGCAGAGCGUGCUGCCUCAAAAGGUUUUGCCGUUACGAUAAGGAGAAGCCUUUGAUGUAUAUAUUUAUAUCAUAAUGGCAACACAAAAAUUGAUGGAAAUG